UGCAUGGCGGACACAAUUGCAUCUGACACCGGCGCUGAUAUUGCAGGUUUUUGAAUGUGUUUUGUUUUUGAAUAUUCAAGACAAGUAACGAAAUAAUGUGCACAAUGAAAGAGCAAUCGUUUUCAAGAAGCACAUCAAGUCUCUCCUCAUAGGUGGAAGGACAAAACCCCCAGGUUGUAAUAACUUGUCGUAAUCGCAGAAAACAAAUCAUUAAAGAAGAAAACAAAUCAUUAUUCAACAAAGUUUUGAGUUUACCAAUUAUGAAGAGUAGGUCUGCAGGCCUGCUUUUUGAAAACCGGCAGUAAGCCAGUUUCGGGUAAACAAAAUUUGAGGUGUUUUACUUCCUGGGGUAAAGAAUAUUAUAUAAUAAGCAAACGUUUUAAACGGAUGACCCGUCCAAAAACUGGGAGAAAUCUUCAAUAUAGUUAUCCAAAAACACAUAUAAUAAGUUUUGAAUUGGUGAGUGUUUUUAGAAAGAAAUGUGAGCAUUUAGCAUUUUGCUAUUGGAAUAGUGUAAGUGCACCUGUUGAUCAUUCAGUGGCACAAUAUUUGUAUUUACUUCUGAACAGUCGCCCUCCGCGACCGACUGGUGUCUACAACUUUUAGUACAGUUGUAGUACUUUUAGUGUCAACAACAUAGAGUUAUGUAACAAUGGUCAAGAAGUACAGGGGACACAACGCCCAUCGCUUCUGAGGCGCACAUUAGUGUAUGGUAAUCUUAUGUCAUGAUGCCUAAAACAAAUAUUUGUUUUAAAAAUGGUAUCGGGACCAAUCUGAACUCCACAUAAGUGGGGCUAGUCAUGUCCUAACUCAAGGUACGUGAAGAACAAAAUUCGAUGUCAAAUACCCAUUUCUACCAACACGUGGACACCUAGUAAAAAAAAAUGGCGGACAAAACAGCUUCACAUGUGACCGUGAAUGAAUUCCAUUACUUUCGGGAGCAAAUUUAUACUUGCACGGGAGAGGACCAGAUACCAAGUAUUUACGAUCAGUGGGCAGACAAAUUUAACGAGCAUUGUUCCUCAGUGGGCUACGUUGGUCCAGUCAAUCUGGCGAGUGUCGCAUCAGAUAUCAUCAGUGACAAGUCAGCAAGGAUCUUGGAUGCGGCUUCUGGGACUGGGUUGGUUGGAGAAGAGUUAAAGAAACUUGGCUUCUCCUGUAUCGAUGCCUUGGAUCCAUCUCAAGGUUCACUUGACCAGAGUAAGUCACUGGAUGCGUACACUAACUACAUAUGUGACACUCUGGAUGAGCAUCGAACUCAAAUACAAGACGAUUGCUACGAUGCUGUGGUGAUGUGUGGAGCUUUUGGGAUACCUUUUCAUGUGACUGCUUCAUGCUUCCCGGAGCUCAUUCGAAUAACAAAACCAGGUGGUUACAUCAUGUUCACAAUGAGCACAAAGAUACUGGAGGAAUGGCAGGACAGGGUCACAGCAGCCAUUGAUUAUUUUAUUCAACAGGGAAUGUGGGAACUUAAGGAGAUGCGCUGGAUUCUUUACCAUGUGCAUGAUACCAUUAGUGAAAAGGCAAAAGUCACAAUUCUUAGAGUUAAGAAAAAUUGCACUUAAUAAAUCUUACUUAUUUAUUCAUAUCAUUAUAAAACAUUUAACAAACAAUACUUUUGGUGAUUACUUACAACUAGAAGUUUAACAUAAGACUAAAAAUGUUAGCGUAGACUAAACAUUUAUGCAUUAUACAUCUUCUUUUUUUAUAAACAAUUAUAGACCAUUCUGAAAAUCACCUUUUUUAUAUGAGUGUAUAUAUUGUUUGUUAUUAAAAACGGGGCAAAUUGGUUUUGUUCCUGUACAUCAAAAUCGGCAUA